AUGGACUGCCUCUACGCGACAUGCCGGCCCAUCAUGACCGACUGCGUCAUGGCCGAGUUGGAGAAGCUCGGCCCCAAGUACCGUAUCGCGCUCAAGAUUGCCCGAGACGAGCGGUGGGAGCGGUCAAAGUGCACCCACAAGGGUAUUUAUGCCGAUGACUGCAUCUUUGACAGAAUCGUCCGCCACCGGUAUUACUGUAUGUUACAUAUUCUAUUCACUGCUCGCGAAUCUUUCUUUCCUUUCUUGGGCCGUGUCCACCGACCCUACGACAUGUGCGAACCCUAUAUCGUGGCCACCAACGAUCGCGACCUAAAACGACGAGUCCGCAAGGUGCCCGGUGUGCCAAUCAUGAGCGUCGCACGGGGCAAGUACGUCAUCGAGAACCUGCCAGGUGCACCGGUGUCAUGA